AUGCCAAAGGUUGCCAUUAUCAUUUACACUUUAUACGGACACAUUGCUGCUACUGCCGAAGCUGAAAAGAGAGGUAUUGAACAAGCAGGUGGUUCUGCUGAAAUCUUCCAAGUUCCAGAAACUUUAACUCCUGAAGUUGUCAAGGCUCUAGGUGGUGCUCCAAAGCCAGAUUACCCAAUUGCCACUAGAGAUACUCUAACUGAAUAUGAUGCUUUCUUAUUUGGUAUCCCAACUAGAUUUGGUAAUUUCCCAGCUCAAUGGAAGGCUUUCUGGGAUGCUACAGGUGGUCUAUGGGCUAAGGGUGCUCUACAUGGUAAGAUUGCAGGUUGUUUCGUCUCAACAGGUACUGGUGGUGGUAAUGAAUCAACUAUCAUGAACACUCUAUCUACUUUAGCUCAUCAUGGUAUUAUUUUUGUUCCAUUAGGUUACAAGAACGCCUUUGCAGAAUUGACUAACCUAGAAGAAGUCCAUGGUGGUUCUCCAUGGGGUGCAGGUACUAUUGCCGGUGCAGAUGGUUCAAGACAACCAACUGACUUGGAAUUGAAGAUUCAUGAAAUUCAAGCUAAAACUUUCUACGACACUGUUAAGAAGUUUUAA